AUGCGUCCCGCGUCGCGCGAUGCAGUUUCGCAACGGAUCUGGCCGUCGUGGAUCCGCUUUGCCGUCGUCAGCAUCGUGCUGAUGUGGCAGUUGGGAGAGAGUGGCGUGGCAGCGGACGUGAUUGGAUGCGGAGGUUUUGUCCAGGCCAGCAGGCAGCUCGCGUCGCUGCGUGCAGACUCCGAUGCCUCGCUCGACUACUCACGCCUUGUGGUGGAGCUGCGCACGCAGGAGGGCAUGGUGAAGGAGCAAGCGCACUGUGCGCCCAACGGCUAUUAUUUCCUGCCGGUCUAUACCCAGGGAACGUUCGAGCUGGCAGUGAGAGGUCCCCCUGGGUGGUCGUUCGAACCGGAAAGCGUGUCGGUGACGGUUGAUGGGGAGGCGUGCAAUGGCAACAGGGACGUCAACUUCCACCACAAGGGCUUUGGAUUGGCUGGAAAGGUGCUCGGUCCCGAGAGCCCCUCCUGUGCCGCCCAGGCCAAGGGCCCUGCGGGCGUGACUGUGACUGUAACGAGGGCUGGCAGUGAGGGGGGAGAGAGCAAGGGGGACGCAGAGGUGGUGGCGACUGCAGUGACAGAUGGAACCGGGGGUUUCCGCUUCUCCGACCUGCUUGUUGGCACCUACACCCUCUCCGCCUCUCACCCCACGUGGCCCAUCAAGCUGCUCGGCAAUCCCAAGGUGGACCUGGGCUGGGGCAGCAUGGAGCUCCCGGAUCUCUUCCAAGUGGCGGGAUACAGCCUGUCAGGCUCGGUUGAGGCACAGCUCAAGUCCCGCGAGUGGAGCAAAGCGCGCGCGCGGACCAAGGCGCGCGCACGGACCAAGGAGCGUGCCCGGACCAAGGCGUGCGCCCAAAUCAAGGCGCGCCCACGGACCAAGGCGCGCCCGCGGACCAAGGCGCGCGCCCAAACCAAGGCGCGCGCCCGGACCAAGGCGCGCGCACGGACCAAGGCGCACGGACCAGACCAAGGCGCGCGCCCGGACCAAGGCGCGCGCGCGGACCAAGGCGCGCGCGCUGACCAAGGCGCGCGCGCGCUGACCAAGGCGCGCGCGCCCGGACCAAGGCGCGCGCGCCCGGACCAAGGCGCGCGCGCCCGGACCGAGGCGCGCGCGCCCGGACCGCGGCGCGCGCACGGACCAAGGCGCGCGCACGCACCAAAGCGCGCGCGCAGACCAAGGCGCGCGCGCGGACCAAGGCACGCGCGUUAG